AGCAGCAGAUAUGAUGAGCCCCGUGAGUCCUGCACGCGCCCGCCUGGUGCCGCCCGAGCAGCAGGCGCGCUGCUCCCAGGCCGUGGAGCUGCUGCAGCAGCGCGCCUGCUCCGAGCGCGACUCCUGCGCCGUGGACGCGCUCACCGCCAAACGUGAGUCCUGCACGCGCCCGAGCAGCAGAUAUGAUGAGCCCCGUGAGUCCUGCACGCGCCCGCCUGGUGCCGCCCGAGCAGCAGGCGCGCUGCUCCCAGGCCGUGGAGCUGCUGCAGCAGCGCGCCUGCUCCGAGCGCGACUCCUGCGCCGUGGACGCGCUCACCGCCAAACGUGAGUCCUGCACGCGCCCGAGCAGCAGAUAUGAUGAGCCCCGUGAGUCCUGCACGCGCCCGAGCAGCAGAUAUGAUGAGCCCCGUGAGUCCUGCACGCGCCCG